UUUAGAAUGUGAUUUGGAGUAGAGUAAGAAUUUGUAAAUAGUCUAAAAAGAAGUGAUGUAUGAUUGUAUAUGACUUUACUUUAGCAAUGUAACUUCUGUUUGGAUUACUAAAAAUCACUCUCAUCGUAAAUUACUGUGCAAAGGAACAAAGCACAAAAAAAAAAGCAACAAAGAAACAGAAGAAAUGCAAGAAAUUCCCAGAAAAAUCGUCCUUCUUCUUCUCUUCUUCUCUCUAAUUCUCCCACCUUCCACACAAAACCCACAAGAAGAAAUCUACUACUGUGGUAACACUCUAAUCUCAAACCCAUCUGAACUCAUAACCUGCAGAUCUGGAAAACUCUACUUCAAAAGCUCAACUGGUCUCUUCCAUGUCUCCGGAACAGAGGAAGUGAAAUUAAGAGCUAGGGUGUCUAUGGAAGUCGAAGGUCACAUACCGGACUUAUGCAUCGCUUGUGAGAGACCUAAGGGUAACUGUGGUGUUGCUCUAAGAUGUCUUUGUCAUCCUAAAGAAUGCAAGAAUAAAGUUAUCAACUUUGGAACCAAGUCUCGAGCUUUAUCUGGUAACUUACAACAGCUUCUUCCACUUUUGUUGUUGUUGGCUAUGUUUCUUAUCUGUUUUUGAUUUGUAAAACUGUUUGAUCCUUGUGACUAGUCUUUAAAACAAACAUAUGUAAUUCAGCUUUGGGAUUUGUGUUUAGGCUUACUUCUUGAAUACAAAUUUGGAUAUAAUCUAUGGUUAUUUGAUAUUUCAGUGUGUGUUCCCUGGCUGGAUUAUGAUUUAUGUACUUUUGUUAGACGGUUUUUUCAUACACAGACAGAAACCAAACUGAAUUAGACUCUAGAGUGACCAGCUAUGAUAGUAAAAGAGAUAAAUUUUUAGGUGGAAUUCAAGAGGUGGAAGCUGUAUAGGAGUGUACAAGUCCAGAAGCGAAAGAGUUUGUUUUGAUCCCUAAAGGAGGUAGCUUUGUUUCUCAGGGAGUGUUCAUGCUAGGAAAAGAUUAGGAGAUAACGCUAAGAUUUUGGUAAAUCCAGUCCAUUGUUUGCAAAUCGGUAGUAUGUGUUUGUGUAGAGAAAGGAUCAGUUGUAUUGUAAUUUACUGUUAUAAACAUUAAAGAGGUUCUUCUCUUUUACC